CCAACUUUCACAUGUUUCUCUUUUCCCACCUUUCCUCUCUUUUUCUCUCACAUAAUGUACUGGACUAAAAGCAAUCUUGUUUCUUCCUCCUUGGAUGCAUAAUUUUUUCAUCUUCCUUGUGUACAUAUAAUUUUGUACUGAGCCUGGUUUGUGAUGGGUUUAAGCAGUGAAUCUGAUGAUUUAUGGUGGGUGUUUCUCUUUGGUGAGGAAUUCCCAGCUCGGCUUAGUCAGCCAUCAUCACCCAAACUUCCAACUGCCACUCCCCAUCACCACACACCACCAACAGCACCACCACCACCCUCGACACCACCCCACUCACCAGAGAAACAUAUCCAAGCCAACAACUACCAGAUGGCCGACUCACAUCCACUCCAAUCGAACAACAUCAACAACAACAACGGACAGUCGAGCUCAUCAAAACCAGCAGGCUCUCAACUGCCAUCAUCCACUUCAGCUAGCACACUGACCGAUGGUUUCGCCCACGCGGCACUCAAGAAAUUCAAACUAGUCUUUUUGGGCGAACAGUCUGUCGGCAAGACUUCACUGAUCACUCGGUUCAUGUAUGAUACCUUUGAUAACACCUAUCAGGCUACAAUCGGCAUCGACUUCCUAAGUAAAACGAUGUACCUUGAAGACCGUACCGUACGAUUACAACUCUGGGAUACAGCUGGUCAGGAGAGGUUCCGCUCACUGAUACCUUCGUAUAUUCGUGACUCGUCAGUAGCCGUGGUGGUCUAUGAUGUCACUAAUCGGACAUCCUUUAUCAACACAUCCCGAUGGGUUGAUGAUGUACGAGCCGAGAGGGGCAAUGAUGUGAUCAUUGUGCUAGUUGGAAACAAGACAGAUCUUGGAGACAGACGUCAAGUCUCCACAGAGGAAGCCGAGCGAAAAUCGAAGGAACUCGAUGUGAUGUUCAUCGAAACCUCGGCCAAGGCUGGACAUAACGUCAAGACUCUCUUCAAGAAGAUCGCCCAGGCACUGCCCGGAAUGGAUAGCGAAUCACAGACUACCACUCCUGCAAACCAGACAAUCGAUGUUUCAGUUUCUCCGACUACAAAUGAUCAGCAGAGCGGUUGUGCUUGUUAAAGCUGUUGGAUGAGAACACGGCGAUCAUCAAGAAGAAAAAUAGAAACAAAACACAAAGCAAAGUUCUUGGUCUGGUCCUCAUUCUUCUCUAGAGCUUUUCUGAUUCUUUCUUCUUCUUUUAAUGGUCUUAGUAACACUUUGUAGCCUUGAGCGCUAAAUUGAUACUUUGUAACUUCUGCUAGGAUGUUUUGAAUACUCUUUUUUCUAUAUUUUGCUCUAUUCUUCACAAACCGUCAAUUCCUAUCUUUUUUCUUUGAAUGUUUGGGUUGACAUAUUCCUUCCAACAGGGUCUCAAUUUGGGCCAUUUCUAAGCAUUUGUUUCCUUUUUUUUUGGUAGUACCUCUUCUUGUCCCUUGCUUACAGGAUUUUUCUUUUCUUUUAUAAAUAUUACAUG